AAAAAAAAAAAAAGCAGUAGAGCAAUAAUUAAGGAAGUGAAAACUAGGAGAGUGUGAAAAGGGUAGGAGAGAGAAACAGAAAAGAAAGAAGAAUCUACUAAAAAAGGAAGCAACAUUUCUUCUUCAUUUUUUCAUCUUCUCUUCUUACAAACUUCAACAUAAUCUUCUCCUCUUCCUUUUCUCGUCACUCAAACAAUUCACACUUUCUCUCUCUAAACUCUCUCUAUUCGCCGGAACGAUGACCGGCGGUGGAUCCUCCGGGAGAUUACCAACAUGGAAGGAGAGAGAAAACAACAAAAGAAGAGAGAGAAGAAGAAGAGCUAUUGCUGCUAAGAUCUAUUCAGGUUUACGAGCUCAAGGUAAUUUUAAGCUUCCUAAACACUGUGAUAAUAAUGAAGUCUUGAAAGCUCUUUGUUCUGAAGCUGGUUGGAUCGUUGAAGAAGAUGGUACUACUUAUCGAAAGGGAAGUAAGAGACCAUUACCAAAUGAGAUGGGAGGAACUCCUACAAAUAUGAGUGCUUGUUCUUCAAUGCAACCAAGUCCACAAUCUUCUUCGUUCCCAAGUCCACAAUCUUCUUCGUUCCCAAGUCCAAUACCAUCAUACCCUACGAGUCCAACUCGCAUGGAUGGAAUUACAAACCCCUCUUCCUUUCUCCUACCAUUCAUCCGCAACAUAACUUCAAUCCCAACAAAUCUUCCACCCCUUAGGAUUUCCAACAGUGCUCCUGUUACGCCACCUCUUUCUUCUCCAAGAAGUUCAAAGCGAAAAGCAGAUUUUGAAUCCCUUUGUAAUGGUUCCUUUAACUCCUCGUUUCGCCACCCCCUUUUCGCUACCUCUGCACCAUCAAGCCCCUCGCGACGUAACCACUUACCCCCUUCCACCAUUCCAGAAUGUGAUGAGUCAGAUGCUUCUACAGUGGACUCUGGUCGGUGGGUUAGUUUUCAGACAACAACUGCCCAUGGUGCAGCUCCUCCUUCCCCUACUUUUAAUCUUAUGAAACCAGCAAUGCAGAUCACUCCCCAGAGUUCGAUGGAUAUGAAACAUAUGAAUGAAGCCAUGCAAUGGAGUGCAGGUUCAGCUACUGAGAGAGGUAGAGGCUCAGAUUUUGACUUUGAGAAUGGCAGAGUUGUGAAGCCGUGGGAAGGUGAGAGAAUUCAUGAGGUAGGAAUGGAAGAGUUGGAGCUUACUCUAGGGUUUGGUAAGGCCUGAUCAUGAUAAAACCAGCUUAAGUUUGUGUUCUAAAUUAUACACCGUACCAAAAAAUUACAGAUUCAAUCGCAAUUCCUCAAAAAGUGUGCCUGAUUUUCUGGGUGAGUUAGGACAUUGCUCGGAUCUGCUACUUCUGCAUUAGUCAGGGAAAUUCCAAAUUGGGUGUUAUUGCAAUAUUUUCCUUGUGUACAGUUUUUUUUAUAUAGCUGUGGUUAGUGGUUACUCUAAUAUGAAAUUUGACUUCAAUUGUAAUGCCUUGUUGAUUGUUGAAGAGUAACAUUUGAAUCUUACCAAGACCAAGGGUAACAAGGUGAUAUUGUUGCUCCUCUUAUUGAUGACAUUUUGACAUUUUUCUUCCUCUUGAUAAUUCAUUACACUGGUGAGAAUCCAACUAAGUUUUUGUAGUGUGUUUGUUAUGGCUAA